GGGCGGCAAUUCAGAAGUUGCGCAACUGAUUGUUGGUAUGCAGAUAGUUAAGUGUCGUGAAGCAAGACGAUUAAGAUCAAGGGGACUGGCUUUUAUUUCUGAAACGAAAUUUACAGUGUUGUCAACGUUUAGUGCUCAGAAUGAUUUAAAGCGUUUUAGUAAACUAGGGUAAGCUACUGCGUGACCCUUGGAAGUUAAUUAUUAUAACUAGCAAUCUAAUAACAACAAUUUUUUCUAACGUCUCUCGUUGCUUCACAUUUAUUAUGACACUGGCACAUUUUUCUUGUUCCUCAUUGGUUCUUCAGUAUGCUUAAGGUUACCCAAUGUUUUUCUUUAAUCCUAGAAAAAUAAAAUAGCAAUACUUAACUCAUAUUUUCCAUCAAAAUAAACGACGAAGAAUUUACUUUUAGACGUGUGGGGUAGGGAAAGGAUUUAACGUGAAUCUUUUAGCCAUAAUUAGUCUCACCGUGAUGUCAAUUAGAGGUACUUCAAGAAAUAUAGACAGGGAAACUGACAAUGAAAAUUAAACAGCGAAUAAACUUGAAGCCACCUGAGGGGUUUCAUCACUUCUGUUGCAAAAUACUUACUAUUCAUGUAAACGCGGCUUACUGGUCGAGAAAUUGCUCCUAGAUCACACAAUUAUUUUAAGAAUAGUCUGAGUUCAUCUUAGCAUCAAUACUGUGUAUAUCUAAACCUUGGAUAGUUAAGGUACUGCAUCGUUAAAACAUAGAGGUUUCAAGGUAAAUUAAAAACAUAACUCACACAUACAUAUAGCAAUUAUGAGUGACCAUAUAUAUCAUCAUCCUUUUCUUGUUACCAUGAUCAUGUAGAUUGUGUGGUAUUUGCGUCGACGAAAACAAACGCCUCAAAUUGGUAGGUUUUUUAAAUAGUAUAGGGAAGUUAAAGGGAAGCAAGAAAGAGGAGUAAAACAACGUCGAAUGAGAAGUAAAACUACUCUUAAUUAACGAAAAUUAGAAAGUAACAAUAAUAAUAAUAAUAAUUCAAAUUCUAUAAUAAAUGUCUUCCAAACAAAUUUUAAUAAAGAAAUCUAAAGAAAUCAUUGAAGCAUCCAAACUUAAAUGUCAUGAAGCUGAAAUUUCUGAUUCUUUAUGGAUUGAACAAAUUCAAAUGUAUAUUGAUACUUGUAUAUAUAUUAAAAAUACUUUAAAUAAUCAACAAUUAAUGAAUGAUAAUCAAUUUAUUUCAGCAUAUAUUUUUAUAAUUUUAGGCGGUAUCCUUGGUAAUUCUUAUACUACUUGUAAAUUACAUAGUAACAAUCAAUUGAUUACACUUAUUCAAGAUAUUUUUAAUAUAUAUUUAAUAAAAUUUAAUGUAAAAACAAUUAGACAGUUAUUAUUAAUUAAAGUUGAUCCAUUAGCAAAAUUUAAUACUUCACCUAGUUUAGCUUCGGAAAUUUUAAAAGUAUCACUUCUUUAUUUAGCAAAAAAAUGUGACAAAUCAACUAAUGGUAAUGAUGAUGAUGAUGAAGAUUCUGCAUUAACUCAUUAUCCAUUAAUACGUGAUACAAUUGUAUGGUUAACUAUAGAACUGGAUUAUCCUGAAAUUUCUGAACAUGAAUUUAUAUCUAUUUUACAACCAUUUGGUUUAAGAUUAACAGAAGAUUAUCGUUCAUCUAUACAAUUAGCUGGUCUUAAUGUAUUAUAUAAUUUAGGAAAUAAAGCUAGAAUUGCUGAUUGGCGUCAAAGUAAUCGAGCUGAAGCAGUUAUUUCACAAUUAUUAAAUCAUAGAAUUGCUUGUACUUCAAAUUCAUCAGAAAUAUUACUUCAUAAACUUUAUUCAACUUUACUUGUUCUAACUAAUUUAUUGAGUAAUACAAAUUCAGCUAAUUGGUAUGAAAAAAUUACUGAAAGACUCUUAUUUGAUCUUUUAAUGGAAACACGAUAUAAACGUCAAUUGGUGCUACUUAAACAUUUGUUAAAAUUAAUUGAUAUUUUAAAAGCAUCUUUCUCAUUAUUUACCCGACAAUUCAUAAAAGUUACUUCAAGUAUUUUACUUGGUCCACGGAAGAUAACACGUAAUGGUAAAUCUGUCACUACUAAUGAGUCAAACGAAUAUGACACCGUGUAUAUGGUUAUGUUGCAAUGCGUCAAUGAAUUUGUAAAAUCAUGUUGGCCACUAAUUUGUCCUACAUUGUUACUAGAUAUUAUUCCUCCACUGAUUGCAUUUAUCGAUCUGUUAUCUUGGGAUAAUAAAGUUGAAAUUGAAGAGGAUGAGACAUGUUCUCUCUUGAAAAACUUGUUUGAAUCUCUUAUAAUAUUAGAACCACGUCUUUUAAAUGAUGUUCUACAGCCUUUGUGUGAAACGAUUCCUCACCUAAAGUUGUAUCUUCCUUCUUAAACAAAUAUUUGAUGUACAGUAUGCUUAUAUAUAUAUAUAUAUAUAUAU